CAGGAAAAUGGCAGCGGUGGAGACGACGGUGGUCGCGGCGGCGCUGACGGCGGGGGCGAGACGAGGCGACGGCCCAAGGCGGCGGGCGACAUCCGCGGCCCGGUUGCCCGCGCUUUUGCUGGCGGCGGCUCUUAGCUUGUUCCAGGUUUCAGCCGUUGAAGUCUAUACACCACCAGAACUCUCUGUGGAGAAUGGGACAGAGGCAAAACUUGAGUGCACAUUCACAUCUUCAGAGGUGAUCAGCAGUGCAGCUUCUGUUACCUGGAGCUUUCAAGCAGAGGGAGCAACAUCUACUAUAUCGUUCUUCUAUUAUUCCAAUGGAAAGGCAUAUCCUGGGAAAGAUGUAUUUAAGGACAGAAUCAGCUGGUCUGGAGAUCUUAACAAGAAAGAUGCAUCCAUUAGUAUAGCAAACAUGCGGUUUCAGGACAAUGGCACUUACACCUGUGAUGUGAAGAAUCCUCCUGACAUAGUUGUCACUCCAGGAGAAAUCAAACUCAGAGUUGUGGAGAGAGGUAACCUGCCUGUAUUUCCCCUUGGUCUUGUGACAGGGGUAGCCAUUGGUGGAGUUCUGGGUUUAGUUUUGCUCAUCAUUCUCAUUGUGUGUGUUGUGUACAGAAAGAAGAAUUCUAAAAAGCAUUACUCUGGCUGCAGUACAUCUGAGAGCUUGGUGUCUCCAGUUAAGCAGGCUCCAAGGAAGUCCCCCUCCGACACAGAGGGUCUGGUAAACAGCGUCCCCAUCCGAUCACAUCAGGGCCCAGUAAUUUAUGCACAGUUAGAUCACUCCGGUGGGCAUUACAGUGACAAGAUCAACAAGUCAGAGUCUGUGGUCUAUGCUGACAUUCGGAAGAACUGAGGAGAUCCUGACCUACCCAAAGCUAAACAAAGUUUCUAACUGGAAUCGCUUGAAGAAAAUUGACCCAGAGAACUCACAUGUGGCCUUUGAUGCCUAGGCUAGGACCAAUGCAUGUGCAUACAGAGAGAAAGAGAUUAUAUAUGUAUUGUGUGUAAAUAGUCUAUUUAAUCGUACAGAAAUGAGACCAAUGUUGCAUGUUGAAAUAUGGUAAGAAUUCUGCUUAUAAAUUACCAAUAUUUUUUUUGUAUCUAGGAUAAGGGGAAGAAAAAUUCAUAUUACACCUUUUAGAUAACUCAUCUUAAUUGUUUUGUGGAAAACUGGAAAAUUCUUGGAUAUUCUAAAUGAGUUUGAUACUUUGUUUUUACAGGUUCUGUUUUUCUGAUAAAAUUGAUAUGAAGAAUACUUUUCUGCAUGAUUGCUUUCCCCACUCUGGUGCUUUCCACAUUUCACUUUUUCAUAAAACUUGACUCCUGUCCCCCCCCCCUUUUUUUUUUUACAUCUGCCUAGUUGCUUUCCCUGGGAGGAAAACAAUCCCUUUCCCAUGGCUCCCAGCCUAGCCCCCAUUAGCUGGAGCCAGAUAUCUAUCUUUAUGGCAUUACAUGAACAUCAGUCUUCUAAUACAGUCUUCAAAAGUUCUUUUACAUACCCCCCUGACCUGGAUAGCCCAGGUAAGCCUGAUCUCAUCAGAUGCCAGAAGCUAAAUAGAGUCAGCCUUGCUUAGUAAUUGGAUGGGAGACUUCCAGCGAAGACCAGGGUUACAGAGGCAGGCAAUGGCAAACCAGCUCUGUUAGUCUCUUGCCAUGAAAACACCGGGGGUGGGGGGCAUGUUUCUCCAUAAGUCAACUAUGACUUGAGGGCACUCUCUACCAACUCCUCCUGAUAUAUGAAUAAUUCUUACAAGUGUAGUGGGAUUUUCCCCCCAGAAAGGUGAAACAGGUUUGUUCUUUAGCCAAAAGAGGGUAGUAGAGAAUGCAUGGUGAAUCUCUGCAGUAUGAUCCUAGCAUGGCUGUCACUGAAAUCCAUGUUACUUUCCACACUUCACUUUUUCAUAAAACAUGACUCCUGACCUCUCUUUUCCUAGAAAAUAGAAAAGGUUUGUUGGAUAAAUUCCAUUUGUUUGUUACAAUGGUCAGAAUAAUAAAGCAGUCUGCCUACAUCUGAUCCCAUCUCUGUGGGAAGAAGCCAUGAAAGGUGUGAUAGGUUUGCAGUGGCCCCACUCAACUUCAGGAGGACAGGACCAAUAUACUUGUGCAACUAGCUUUUUAAUGCCUUGAGUGUCAAGAAGUUUGAAAAUAUUUUCUACACUGUGCUGGGGCCAGCUUACUGCUACCUCCCCUGAUCUCUGAGACUGGGAAAUUAGGUGUCCACAGAAGCUUUUUUGUGCUUUUGUUUUUAAAAAUUUCCAGUUGCAAGAAUGUAUUUUUAAAAGGAAAAAAAAGCUGCCACACUUGGAGAGUGCAGGUGUCUUCAAAUGUUUGAACUGAGGCUUUUUAUAUAUAUCUGGUAGGGUCACACCACUUGCAGGCAGAAAAAAUGUUAAACAAAACUGAGUUUUUCUCCUUUGAAUAUUUGAUGAUGAAAUUUGAUGAAUAAGAGUAAUGAAAUAUAUUGAACAGGUUUCAGCUCCUAAGAUGCAUCUAGAAGGACCUGCUUGUAGAAAGGAGAAAAAAGUUCACGGUCUCGGCUGCAUGGGACCCAUUCUUCUUAGCGUUAAAAUUUAUUCCUGAGGUGGGGAAAUGAAAAUUCUUCAUGAGAUGUUAAAGUUAUUCUAGUAUCACAAUGGUUUGCCCCUGCUUCCAUAUUAUUAGUGCUACUUUGUUACCCUCUGUAGAUCAGGAGCAAGAAAAAGCAGAUCUGGCCUGCCAGCGGGCCAUCUGUUGGUCUUGUUGAGAUUUUUGUUGUGUGAUGCAGCACUCCUUGUGCUCUUAAACAAGAGGAUCAUGUAACACAGGUUCAUUCUUGUGUUUUCUGUGCAGUUCCACAUGGGAACUGCGCAUGUGCAGGCCAGCCGCGGACAUUCCAAGGCGUGAGAGCUCACCUCACAUUUUUGCUCACUUUUCUAGUUGGUGUGGCUAUAAAAGGUAGGGUGAGCCGAUCCCUUUCUCAGUUCUUUAGCUGCCACUGAAGAAUGAUGUACUUUGAGCUCCUCUUCUCAAUUCCGUGUGAGUUUCUGUGAGUUGCUGUGGCUUCAAAGGCAUUAUUCAAGAAAUGCUUGAAGUGUGGAUCUAAGAUGGCCCAAUCUGAUGGACAUGACAAGUGUCUUAUCUGCCUGAGCAAGAACCAUGAUACGCGCUGCUGCAGUGUCUACAAGCAGUUCACACUCAAAGUGCGCCAUGAAAGAGUGUCAUGCUUGAAAGCGGCUCUGAGGGAGUCAGCCCUGAAGGGGGCAUCUGACUCUGAAGUUUCCAAAGCCGCCAAAGAAGGAUCGCAUCUCCCAGAACGGGCCUCCUUGGUACCUCCAUUAACUUUAGUUCCAAGUGCCGAUAUUGUGAAUCAGUUAGUUCCAGCUACUAAAAACUCCGGCCCAGCUUGAUGCCAGUCCGAGCCUCCAUCAAAGGCUAAACAUGCUGACAAGCUAGCCUCUCUAAGGCCCCAUAAAAAGAAAUGGGUCUUGGCAUUGGCUCCAUCUACUUCGGUAGCUUCAAGCCCGCCUGUAGUUCCAAGAACCCGGUCUCCCAUUCCGAGACGUUCCACAUCCCUUUCCGAGGGAGAGAUUUCAGACAUUGUAGAAUUGUCAACAGCAGUGUCUCCAUUAACACCAUCUCCUGUGCAAUCUGUACAGAAGCAACCAGCUUCAUCGGUUCCACCCGAGAGCGACAGUUGCCUCAAAAUGGCCAGAGGUCAUAAAAAGGCUUGGGCCCAUUACUGACUCUUUGACUCACCAUACCACUACUAUACCUGUGACUACAAUGGCUGUCCAGGCUUCUACCUACCACCACACUACUUCUUUCCAGAUGAUUACAUACAUUACCUACUGAUCAUGUUUCUACUAUGCCUAAGGCCAAACUUGCCUCAGUUCCACCAAUGGUUCUUGAGUGCACCAAGACACUGGAACCGACACUUGAUUCACCAACACAGUCUGAUGAGGGUUCCGACUUCAGAGCCGAUGUGGCAUCUGAACCAUCCACUCCCAAAUGGGAGAGGACUCUGCCGUGUCUCCAACCGAAGACCUGCGCCUCUACUCUGAACAACUAGUUAGAAUGGUGAGGUCCCUUGAAAUAGAAGUAACCUGCUCCACUCUGACAUUAACAGACACAGUCUUCAAGGUCCUUCAUUCUGAGGCAACGGGCCCAGUUGCGUUCCCUAUUAUGUAGGGAAUGAUAGACUUAUGAAAGAGAUUUGGUCAACUCUGGCAUCUGUGCAAACAACAUCAAGGAAGUUAGACAACCUCUACAGAACCAGACAAGAAGGGGCCAGGUUCCUAUUUCAACCACCCUCCUGCAAACUUCAUUGUCACUGAACUCCUUCAAAGCCAAGGGUCUUCCAAGGGGCGCUGGUCAUUAGGCUCUGACAGAUAAGGAGGGCAGGAAGUAAGAUAUUCCAGGAAGAAAGUGUAUUCUCUUCUGCACUAAAUUUCUGUAUUGGUAAUUAUGAAGCCAUUAUGGCAUGAUAUCUGUGAUAAAAUCAGUCCCUAUCUGAACCUCAUCCCUGAUGAGAAACAAUGUCUUGCUAAGAUCCUUCAAGGAGAAGCCCUCUGGCUCGAAGCAGCAGCUCCUUACUGUGAGACAUAAAUGGAGACUGCUCCUCCUGAGCCAUGGCCUCUGUCAUUGUCAUUAGGAGACACACAUGACUUAGGACCACUACUCUGGCUCCCCACCACAGAUUGCGGGUGGAAGACCUACAGUUGAGGGUAAAGAUCUUUUUUUCGUCUUCCACAGACAAUGCACUUAAAAAGAUAAAGAAUGAUAAAGUUACCAAUAGAUCUCUUGGUAUUACUCUGCUCAUACUUUAUAAGCACCAGUUCCCUCUCAGGCCUUACCCCCAUUACAACCCUAAAUACAAUCGGUUCCCAAUGCAACCGAACCAACCUUUCCCUAGGAACCAACAGCACACUGCUUCAGUGGUUCCACCUACUCAGCCUCAAUGGAGAUACUUCUGUCACAAGUCUAAGGAUGGGUCCAACUCUCCCAGAAACAGUCAAGUUCUACCAAACAGUUUUUGACGCCAAGCCAUCUUCUCUUCUCUGUCAAUCACUCAUUUCCACUUUCUGCCUGAGGGAACAUAACCUGGGAACUAUGGAUCUUGUCCAUAGUCCAGGAGAGCUACAGUCUGGAGUUCAGAUCUGUUCCUCUCAAUGGAGGAAGUCCAAAACCUUUUGGUAAAACAGGUGAUAGAACUGAUUCCAGAUCAUGGUUCCGAUGAGCGUUAUUUCCACUAUUUCAUGGUGGACAAGAAGUCAGGGGGUUUCUGCCACAUCUUAGACCUGCAUUUCCUGAACAAGUUUAUUGUUCCAAAAAAGUUCAGAAUGUUGUUGUUAAGAGAUGCGUUACCCCUUUUGUUUGGUUUGUGACUGUCGAUUUAAAAGAUGCUUACUUUCAUGUUCCAAUAAAUCUGUUUUACAGAAAAUAUCUACAUUUUCAAUGCAGAUCUGAAAGGUUCCAAUACAAGGUUCUUCCUUUUGGCCUUUCUUCUUCCCCUUGGCUGUUUACUAAGGUUAUGGUGGUUGUAGUCAGUCACCUAAGGGGAAAAUGGUGCAUGGUUUUCCCCUACCUUGACGACUGGCUUAUUGUGGGCCAGUCCAGGGAGUCCCUAUCUCAACAUACUUCCCUGGUUCUGUCAACCCUUCACCUAUUGGGUCUGUAGGUCAACAUGGAAAAGUCCUCCCUAGUUCCAUGAUAGAAUGUGACGUUCGUGGGGGCAGUGUUAGACUUCCCCGGGUUAGCAGGGGAAAGCCCGCUAACCCUGGCUUUUCCUACAUCAGAAUGGAUAACCCAGUUCCUGCUUGCUCUGAAUAAGGUGCGCUCAUUCCAGCACCAAAGUGCAAAGCAAAUUCAAAAACUGUUAGGUUCCAUGGCUCUCUGACACUGAUAGUGCCAUUUGCCAGGCUCUGGCCGCUACAGAAUUGGUUAGUCAGGGUGUUUCAUCCACACUACCAGAACCUGUAGAAGCAGUUCUUGGUUCCAAGAGUUGUUAACAGAUCUCUAACUUGGUGGGCAGACAAAUGGAACCUAAUGAUACUUCUGUCACAAGGGCAUCCCUACUUAAUGGUACGGAUGCCCUUCGGUUCCAUCCCUAUUCACGUAUCCAUUUAUCAGGAUGGGAGGCAUACCCAGGGGACAACCAGGUAAAGGGUCUUUGGUCUCACCAUGAGUCCAAAAGGUGCAUCAACUUCUUGGAACUCAGAGCUAUUCAAUUCGCUCUGAAAGUUUGCUUCACAUUGUCAUAGGCAAAAAUGUCCAGAUAUGCAUGGACAACACAACUGCCAUGAACUAUUUAAACAAAUAGUGAGACACGGCCUCCCUGGCCAUCUCCCGGGAAUCUUUCCUGAUUUUCCUGUCAGCCAUCCACAUCGCUGGAGAAGAUAACACUGCAGGACAAAUUCUCCACCACGACCUGAAUUCUUUAAAACUGACAGCUUGAUUUGUGUCCCACUGGGGUUAGAUUUCUCUUCCGCAGUCAGGGAAAUCCUUUUGCAGGCCAGGAAACCUUCCACUCAGAAGUCAUACUCUGGCAAGUAGAAAUGUUUCUCCCUUUGGGCUAUUGAACACAGCUUGGAUCCUUCUUUGGCUUCCUUGCCUUUCAUACUGGAAUAUCUAGUUAUGUUAAAAGGCCAAGGGCUUUCUAACUCCUCUAUAAAGAUCCAUCUGGUGACCAUUUUGGCCUAUCAUAAAGGAAUACUGGGUAAGUCCUUUUUCACCCAACCUCAAUGUAAAUCCUUUCUUAAAGAAUUAGCUACCGUUUACCCUCUUGUAUCCAAACCUACUUCUCAAUGGAGUCUGUCUCUAGUUUAAUGACUCUCAUGCACAAGCCUUUUGAACUUCUAGCUACUUGCGCUCUUUUGACUGCUGAAACGGCCUUCUUAAUAGCCAUUAUGUUAGCCAGGAGGAUGAGUGAAUUGCAAUCCCUGAGACACGAUCCACCCUUCAGCAGGUUGUUUGUGGACAAAGCGGUUCUCCGUCCGAGCCUCCACUUCCUACCCAAGGUUGUCUGUUUUUCUUUUAAAUCAAGACAUUGUCUUGCCAAUAUUUUUUCCUACCUAACAUCCUAUACACUCUGGAUGUUAAAUAUGCCCUGUGCUUCUACCUAGGCAGGACUACUGCCUUCUGGAAGGACCCUAACCUAUUUAUUUCCUUUAGAAGACUUAAGAAGGAACAGAAGGUGACUGCUCAGACCAUUUCCAACUGGAUGGUGUGGCUCAUUAGGGAGUGUUACAAGUAUUCUAAACAUCUGUGCCCUCCGAAUGUCAAAGAACACUCCAGGGGCCCAAUACACCUCUUCAGCAUUUAACUUGGGCAUUCCGUUAGUGGAUUUAUGUAAAGUGGCCACCUGGUCCACACGUCUACCUUUAUUAAACACUAUGCGAUUGAUGUGGACUCCAAAAAGGACGCAGCUGUUGGCAAAGUAAUCCUGAAGAGUAUUUUUCAAUGAAGAGCAACACACCUGCCUCCUCGGUAAGUUAGCUCACAAAUCUCCCAUGUGGGACUGCACAGAAGACAUGACGAUAAAAACAGGGUUGCACCUACCUGUAACUGUUGUUCAUUGAGUGUUCUUCUGUAUAAGCACACAUCCCUCCUUUCCCCACCAUGUACUUUUUUAUUUUUACUACUUUACCUUCUUCAUUGGUGGCUUAGUGAACUGAGAAAGGGAUCUGCUCAUCCUACCUUUAUAGCUACGCCCACUAGAAAAGCACGCAAAAAGGCAAGGCGAACAUCUCGCAGCUUUUGGAGCUUUGGAAUGUCUGUGAUUGGCCUGCGCGUGCGCAGUUCCCAUGUGUGCCUGCACAGAACACUCGACAAACAACAGUUACAGGUAGGUGCAACCCUGUUUUAGUUGUGCCUUAACUGUUACGAUUCUGAGUAUGCAUUCUUGCUUUAUAAAUAUAAGAUAAUGGAUAACAAGGAUUUUAGUUUAAAAAAACAUGCAAGAUUCAAGUUGGCUCGUUCCUGCUUUAGAACUACCUCUAGUGAUGGAUGUUGUACUGCAGAGAAAAAGCCUUUCAUAUAUUGACUCAUAAUAGGAAGGUGAAAAGUGGGCUAGGGUGUCUCUCACUGCCGUGCAAGUGUUUUGCUGUUUCUCAUGGUUACUUUGUACCACUAUCCUCCUGUUUGAGUAUACACAAGUUAAACUCUGGAGUGCCAGAAAGUAAUGCUAAUAAUAAGAAAGGCCUGCUUUAGUGGCAGUUGUUUGCUACCAUCUGUACUUUGAUUAGAUACUAGCUCAAGCUAUUUUUGCACGACUAUAGCAAAAUUAAAUGAUUUCUUAGGGAAACCUUUAGUUCAGUUUAAUAGAAUUGUUUAGUUCCAGCAUCUUUUACUAUUAGAGCAAGUCUCCUCCUCCCUGCUGUACUUCCAUAUCAAAUUGUCACUCACUUUACACCUUUGUCAUAUCCUAAGCAACAUAAUGACCCACCUUGAUUAAUGCCUUGUAUGGCUAAUAGGUGUUCAGUCAAUGAAUUAACAACUGCAUCCUUCAUUUCAUUCAAAUACCUCUAAAUAGUGUUAGACAUGUGGUCAAUAGCUUUUGGGAAAGGAAUUCGGAGAUGUAACAGGCUGUAGCAGUUACCUUAUUUGUGCUGAGGCUUUCUCUCAUGUUGUGGAUCCUGUAGCGACAUUUCAGUGUGUGAAUAGAGAAACUGGAACUGUUUUGUCUUAAUUUUUUGAAGUAGUUUGGCUGAACAUCUGUCCUGUAACUUGCUCUGUAUACACAAGACUCAAAAGCUUUCCUUGCAGUGUGCAGUUAUUUUGGUGAAGUGAGCAGGUGUUUUUAUCAUCAAAUGAAAUCUGAUUAAAUCAUGUUUACAUUAUGUCUGUAAUACUUUAAAACCAGGACUUUUCUAUUUGUGGAUGGGAAGUUACCUUCCCCCUUAAACCAUAUUUCCUAGUUAAAAUCUACGGGACAAGUCUGCAUGUAUAAGGGCAACUUUCCUAUGGUGCUGUAUUUUAAUGCCCUUUAUCUGUGAAAGGCAAUCAAGAUCAAAUAAAGGACUCCCAAUUGUGAAACUCCACACUCAAGCCUUGGACCUUCUUCCCAAGAUCUCCCUCUGUUCCACACAGUGCAGUUAUUGAACACUUUUCUGCUUUGUUUCUGCACUUUUUUAAAAAAAACUGGAAUUGAAUUUAUAUUAUGUUGUACAGUUGUCUUUUUCUCCCCCACUUUCUCAAAAGCAGCUGCUACAUGGGAGUAGAAAAGACUCUGCAGGCAGCUUGAUCAUUUCUGGAAAGCACCACUAGGAGAGGACCACACUGAUGCUGCUAGAUUGGAGGGUGGAGGAAAAAGGGGUAGACACCUAUAAAAUGGGUGUAUAAUUUGGGGGAAUGGUUUAUUCUCCAUGGUCUUUGUAAAAUUAAAGCAGGAACCAGUGGUAGCAUUCUUUUUGUUUUGACUUGCUUCUGAAUUGAACACACAUCACAUUGGAUAUUUACAUGUUUUUAUUGUAUGCUUGUGACUAUUUUAAUACACUUUUUCCAUUA